CCAGUGGCCCUGGGAAUUGGUGUGGGUUCCUUCCUGCCCCUGGAGUCACGCCUUCCACUGUCUCAGCUCUCUUCUCUGAGCGUGUGUGGCUAUUACGGCUGAGAAAUAGGAAAGUGGCCUCUGACAGCCAGAGAUUGGACCGACACUGUCAAUUAGGUGGACACAGGUGGCCUGGUGUGCUGCUGCUGAACGUCGGCGUGAGACAAGACUGCUCUGUGAUUAUGUCUGAACAGAGAUAGAAACACGGACACUGUCCAAACCACAGUGACGGUCCAACAUCCCCUUAGGCUGGCUAAUGCAAGUGACGUCUCACAGUCGCCGUUUGUAGCUGCGCUCCAUUCUUCCUGCCUUCUAGAUAAAAUCCAUUAAGAAACCCAAUCAUAAAAUUAUCCCUGCUUCCUAACAGCAUCCAGCCCAAUCUGGAGCAAAGCCCUGCUUCCUGAACCCCCUUCCAGUCACCGAGCACCGAUUCAUCCCACGACAAGGCCUCGCUCACACCCUCGCGCAGAGACGCCGCGGCUUCCGCCCUGUGCGUUCCCCUUUGCAGCCGCGAGCAGCAGGCUGGGCUUGUUUCGGUGGGCCCUGUCUCUUGUUCUUGUUCGGGGAGAACAGGACAGGUGAGAGCUAGACAGUCAUGUUCCCUCUGGGAGCCCUCUCGCUUCCCGGAGUGGGAGAGUCACCAGCAGUGAGGGAUGAGGCCCCGCCAGCCUCACACCCACGCCAGCCACGCCAGCGUCAGUGCAGCAGCACGUCGUCUUGCUCCUCACAGAGAAGGUCCUGCGGCAGUUUUGAAAAUAUUUAGGAGAAAAGACCGUCCAAAUGAUUGAAGUUGCUCUUUUUAAAUGUUGUCACUCUGCCCUAAUCCCUCAGCACAGCCCACAGCGCCGGGGCUGGCGCAUCCUUCACUCAGCACCCCGCCGCCAGCCUGUGCAGCUGGGCGCUCGCUGCGGGACCGGUUAUAUAAAUGUUGCAAACUCUCUCAUGCUCUGGGAAUCAGACAGGAAAUCAGGUGAACAGGGAUUGGAAAAAACUGGAUACCACUGGAAAAUAACUACAACUACUUUUCUGGAGUUAGAGAAAAGCCUCUGCUUUUCCACCUGGAGGACGGUCACAGUAGUUCCUGUGUUGCAGCUUGGUUCUGAGGAUGAAAUGGGAUGGUGCACAGUUCCUGGCACAUUGGAAGUGCUCGAAAAUCGUGGAAUGGACAGCAGAGUCCCAGGCGCAGCCAGCAAUGGAGAGACAAAGCCUGCGUGUCCAGUCGCGGAAAAGGCGGAGGAAGAUGGAAGCUUGGAGCGGGGACACUGGAACAACAAGAUGGAGUUUGUGCUGUCAGUGGCCGGGGAGAUCAUCGGGCUGGGCAACGUCUGGAGGUUUCCCUAUCUCUGCUACAAAAACGGGGGAGGUGCCUUCUUCAUCCCUUACCUCAUCUUCCUCUUCACCUGUGGGAUUCCUGUCUUCCUUUUGGAGACAGCACUGGGCCAGUACACUAGCCAGGGAGGCGUCACAGCCUGGAGGAAGAUCUGCCCCAUCUUUGAGGGCAUCGGCUACGCCUCCCAGAUGAUCGUCGUCCUGCUCAACUUCUACUACAUCAUCGUUCUGGCCUGGGCUCUCUUCUACCUCUUCAGCAGCUUCACCAGCGACCUGCCCUGGGGCAGCUGCCGCCACGAGUGGAACACAGAGCGCUGUGUGGAGUUCCAGAAGACCAACGGCUCUCUGAACCUGACCUCUGAGAACGCCACCUCGCCUGUCAUCGAGUUCUGGGAGCGGCGGGUCCUGAAGAUCUCGGAUGGCAUCCAGCACCUGGGGGCCCUGCGCUGGGAGCUGGCCCUGUGCCUCCUGCUCGCCUGGGUCGCCUGCUACUUCUGCAUCUGGAAGGGGGUCAAGUCCACGGGCAAGGUGGUAUACUUCACAGCCACCUUCCCUUACCUCAUGCUGGUGGUCCUGUUAAUUCGAGGGGUGACGCUGCCCGGAGCAGCCCAAGGAAUUCAGUUUUAUUUGUACCCAAACCUCACGCGCCUGUGGGACCCCCAGGUGUGGAUGGACGCGGGCACCCAGAUCUUCUUCUCAUUUGCCAUCUGCCUGGGGUGCCUCACGGCCCUGGGCAGCUACAACAAGUACCACAACAACUGCUACAGGGACUGCAUCGCCCUCUGCUUCCUCAACAGCGGCACCAGCUUUGUGGCUGGCUUCGCCAUCUUCUCCAUCCUGGGCUUCAUGUCUCAGGAGCAGGGGGUGCCCAUUGCUGAGGUGGCCGAGUCAGGCCCUGGCCUGGCCUUCAUCGCCUACCCCCGGGCUGUGGUGAUGCUGCCCUUCUCUCCUCUCUGGGCCUGCUGUUUCUUCUUCAUGGUCGUUCUCCUGGGACUGGACAGCCAGUUUGUAUGCGUUGAAAGCCUGGUGACAGCGCUGGUGGACAUGUACCCCUGUGUGUUCCGCAAGAAGAACCGGAGGGAGACCCUCAUCCUCGGAGUGUCCGUCAUGUCCUUCCUGGUCGGGCUGCUCAUGCUCACAGAGGGCGGCAUGUACGUGUUCCAGCUCUUCGACUACUACGCAGCCAGCGGCAUGUGCCUCUUGUUCGUGGCCAUCUUCGAGUCCCUCUGUGUGGCUUGGGUCUAUGGAGCCCGGCGCUUCUACGACAACAUUGAAGACAUGAUUGGGUACAGGCCGUGGCCUCUUAUCAGAUACUGCUGGCUCUUCCUCACACCAGCCGUGUGCACAGCCACCUUCCUCUUCUCCCUGAUCAAGUACACCCCGCUGACCUACAACAAGAAGUACACCUACCCAUGGUGGGGGGAUGCCCUGGGCUGGCUCCUGGCUCUGUCCUCCAUGGUCUGCAUUCCUGCCUGGAGCAUCUACAAACUCAGCACCCUCAAAGGACCCCUCCGAGAGAGAAUCCGCCAGCUCGUGUGCCCAGCUGAGGACCUGCCCCAACGGCAGCAGGGGAGACCCUCUGCUCCUGCCACCCCCAGGACUUCGUUGCUCACACUCACAGAACUGGAGUCUCACUGCUAGGGGCAGGUCCCCAUGGCACCCAGGGGCCUGGCUGUGGCACCAGCUGCAGGGGGCGCUGGCAGAGGCAGCCUUGCACUUCUCUGCCCCCAGCUGGGG